AGUUUGGUCACGGAAGACCUACCAAGAAGAUCACCUUUGUUGCCAAUGGAUUGGUCAGCAACCUCAGGUCUUAUGGGUCAGAUGUCUUCUCCAUGUGCAGUGGACUCACCACCUACAUGGCUUAUGAAGUUCAUGGAGUCCAAGUCAAUCUGGGAUCAUGCAUUACCCUCGAUGUCCUGAGAGUCGUGGAUCUGAAGUACUGCACUGGCAAUGGCAAUGGACAAUCUCAGCAGAUUCCCGGGGACAUCUUCAACAACAACACGCAAGGCGGCAUCAUCAACCACACUCAAGUCAUCAUUGGGGGCCAGUCCCAAAUUGUGACCAUCAACAGGCAAUGGCGUGUGGCCAUCAUUGAGCAAAAGACCUUCAGUGGGUCCUGGAAAACCAUCUGGAACUACAACACGGGUGUCAUUGCAACCAAAGUCACUCAACAGAACGCCUGCUACAUUUCCAUCAUGAACAAAAGCGAGAUGCCCCGCUUUGAUAACCUGGCUCACCUGGCUGAACAGAGCAGGAACCAGUUUGGUCAUGGAAGACCUACCAAGAAGAUCACCUUUGUUGCCAAUGGAUUGGUCAGCAACCUCAGGUCUUAUGGGUCAGAUGUCUUCUCCAUGUGUAGUGGACUCACCACCUACAUGGCUUAUGAAGUUCAUAGAGUCCAAGUCAAUCUGGGAUCAUGCAUUACCCUCGAUGUCCUGGGAGUUGUGGAUCUGAAGUACUGCACUGGCAAUGGCAAUGGACAAUCUCAGCAGAUUCCCGGGGACAUCUUCAACAACAACACGCAAGGCGGCAUCAUCAACCACACUCAAGUCAUCAUUGGGGGCCAGUCCCAAAUUGUGACCAUCAACAGGCAAUGGCGUGUGGCCAUCAUUGAGCAAAAGACCUUCAGUGGGUCCUGGAAAACCAUCUGGAACUACAACACGGGUGUCAUUGCAACCAAAGUCACUCAACAGAACGCCUGCUACAUUUCCAUCAUGAACAAAAGCGAGAUGCCCCGCUUUGAUAACCUGGCUCACCUGGCUGAACAGAGCAGGAAUCAGAUUGGUUUUGGAAGUUCUACCAAGAAGAUCACCUUUGUUGCCAGUGCAUUGGUGAACAACCUCAGGUCUUAUGGGUCAGAUGUCUUCUCUAUGUGCAGUGGACUCACCACCUACAUGGCUUAUGAAGUUCAUGCUGUGCAAGGACCCCAGUUGAACCUGGGAUCAUGUAUUACCCUCGAUGUCCUGGGAGUUGUGGAUCUGAAGUACUGCACUGGUAAUUUCCAUGGCAAUGGACAGUCUCAGCAGACAGGUAACAACUGCCAUUUCUCUGGUGCCUGUGUUUUCCAAAACAUGACCCUCAGCAGUCAAACACGUGAGGUGAUUAUUGAGCAGAGGAGUGAGCAGUUCUCCUGGAAAACCAUCUGGAACUACAACUCGGGCAUCAUUGCAACCAAAGUGGUGCAAGAGAGAACGUGCUACAUUUCCACCAUGAACAGAAAUGAGAUGCCCACCUUUGAUGCUCUCAUCAGAUAUGCUUCAGAGAACAAGAACCAGGUUGGCCUUGGAAGACCUACCAAGAAGAUCACCUUUGUCACCAAUGGACUGGUCAACAACCUCAGGUCUUAUGGGUCAGAUGUCUUCGCCAUGUGCAGUGGACUCACCACCUACCUGGCUUAUGAAGUUCAUGGACCCCAAGUGAAUCAGGGAUCAUGUAUCUCACUUGAUGCCCUCAAACUUGUGAAUCUGAAUUACUGUGGUGGCAAUAUCAAGGCCUGAAAACCUUACCUUUCUUCAAUCAAGAACCGAGGAUCCGAGCUGCUGCCCAAGGCAAACCCUGGUGCAAUUCUUCCCUCACAUCUCCUUUUAGAGAUGGUCUUGGGGAUUUAGUGCUGACACAGAUCAACU